AUGAUAAUAAUCGCUCAGUAUGCCUUCAAGAACGUUGAUGAUAAAACACUUAUAUCUCUUUCGGAUAUAAAUAAGUUGCGCUUGAACAAAAAACUGACCGAUCGCAAUUCAGAUACACUCACAAAACUUGCGAAUCGACUCAAGGGCCCUUAUAAUGUGAUAAGUGUUGUGGUGCCCAUCGGUGUACAAAUAUCCGAAAGUAUCAUGCUCUUUCAAGAGAAUGACCAUCAAAUUUCCGCUAAGGUGAUACAAAAGUGUUUCAAAAAUUCGAAUAAACAAUUGAUAAAAAAGCGUGAUAUUGACAAAUCGCAAUUAUCACCGAACAUAACAAUAACAUCUACUCAACUUCAACUAUCCGAGCCGAAUAGCAGUGUCAAUACUCAAAUGAUGAUUUCAUUCAUUGACCGGUUGGCAACAACGCGAGGGUUUUGGCGAUCGCUUUCGAAAUCGAUUUGUAUUGAUGGUGAAUGGGCAGAGUCGGCGAGCGGAGAUGUACCGUGUUGGAAUGGAACUCAUCUGAGUGAUUAUAACCGACCACUGGUUGGUGAUGGCAUUCGCAAUCAAAUGCUCAAUCCUGAAUUCGAUUCGUCCAACAACCUUUCAUCAGGUUCUUGA